CUUAGCAGUGCGGACGUGACAAAUGUGAUAGUAACGUUAUAUCUGAUGUUACCAUUCAUUGUUUAAAUAUUCAUCAGUCCGUGCUCGUAAUGUUAGCCACAGGCUGCUGUCAGUGACACCUAGGAGACUCGGUUUGGCAUUCAUGAGGGUACUGCCUGAAUAAACCGAGGGAACAAUGGUGAAAUAUUUCUCCUGCGCAGGUUUACUCAAAAACACCUGGGACCAAGUCUGUAUCGCUUUCUGGCAAAGAUAUCCCAACCCCUACAGUAACCAUGUUUUGACUGAGGACAUAAUUUUCCGAGAGGUUACUCCAACCAACUGCCUCAUUUCCAGACGUCUGUUGACCAAAACUAGCCGAGCGCCUCGAUGGAUGGAGCGGUACCUUCCAAAGCACAUGGCCAGCUCAGCCUAUAUCAUUGAGGACUCCAUUGUGGACCCUCAGAAAAGGACCAUGACUACAUUUACAUGGAACAUCAGCCACGCUCGCCUCAUGUCCGUGGAAGAGCGGUGCGAGUACCGAAUUAACCCCGAGAAUGGCAGCUGGACAGAGAUGAAAAGAGAAGCUUGGAUCUCCUCCAAUGUCUAUGGGCUCUCUAGAGCUAUUCAGGAAUUUGGCCUGGCAAGGUUCAAGACCAGUGUUACAAAGACCAUGAAAGGGUUUGAAUAUGUGCUGGCCAAAAUGCAAGGUGAAACUCCAUCAAGAACCUUAGCAGAAACAGCUACAGAGCGGGCAAGAGAGACAGCACUGGCAGCUAAGGAGAAAGCCAAAGACCUCGCCUCGCACGCCCAGAAGAAACAAUAUGUGUGACGAGUUUCACGAAUCACUGGUUCUGCAGCCACUGCUCCUGGGACAGAUUUGUUUUAACCCACCUCUCAUUGUUCAGUCAAGCAUCAGGGUAAGACAAACUGAUCUCAGACACCUCUGUGAGGAAGUAUCCAAAUGAAAAUGGUGGGUGGACCAUAAAAGGCCUGAACUGGGUUCCAGAGCCUGUUCCAGCCUCCCUGUUUGUGCCACACUGAAUUUAUUGUACCUUUUAAUCCAGGUCAUCUCAGUAUAUACCGGCAAUAGAGAUCUUAGGAAGGAAUGGUCAAAUAUGGCUCUGGGUGCCAUAAAAUGAUCAUAGCACUUUGCCAACCUUGACACUGUUCCUCAGACCUUUGCUCAACCUCUGUGCCCAUCAACGACGUUUGCUUUUUACCCCGUUCCUUUACGUGUUUGUCAUGUUGUUUUGUUAAAGUGUUGUAAACUAAGAUUAACACACCACAGAAUAUCUGAUUCAUCAACUAAUCAAUUCAUGUGUUUGAUUUAGUUCAGUUGUUUAGUUGCAAUCAAAAUCAUGUUAUUUUUUUUAAUUCAGUUCACCCAGACACACCUUAAUUGUCCUACUUAGGCUGACUGCUUCAAGUUGAAGUUCACUGACUGAAGGGUCCGUACUGUUGGCCGUCAUAGCCUGAUACUUUGUGGCACCAUCUGGUUGCAAUGGAUCUCAGUGUCUUUGCUUAUGUUUAAAAUGUGUGUAUGGAGGCAAAAAUGACAUCUUGUAUUGUACAUUCAGCCUAAGUCUGAUAACAACCCAUGCAACAAUGUGCUCUUACUGUAUCAAUGAAAUAUCAGCUUGUCAAUAAAUGGACAGGUUAUUUGUAACCAUCA